AUGAAGGUGGCGGUGGUAGGCGGCGGCAUAAGUGGCCUGGCGGCGGCAGCCUUGCUGGCGAAAGAGGGUGUGGAGGUAGUGGUGUAUGAGAAGGAGGCUGCGUUGGGCGGCCAAGGCCAGGCUAUGCUGACAGUUACAGUUGAUGAUGGAACAGUGCUUGAUCUGGGCUUUCUGCUCUUCACUGAUCAGGUUACUGCUUGUCCGGAAGUUGUGGAAUUUUUGGAGAGUCUAGGGGUGGACAACGAAGUCUGGAAUCGCAUGUCGUUUUCUGUGAGCCUCGAUGAAGAUGACGAUGAAGGCGGAUGCGAAUGGGGAAACCGCAAUGGCUGGUCGAGUUUGUUUGCACAAAAGAGAAAUGCACUAAAUCUAUCCUUCUGGAAAAUGAUACGUGAAGCAAUCAAUUUCAGGAAAGAUGCGGCAAACUACAUUGAUGAGCUUGAAAGAAAUCAGGGCAUCGAGAGGAAGGAAACACUCGAGCAAUUUGUGCAGCGCGGUCACUACUCUCAGUUAUUCCAGAAAGCUUUUCUUAUCCCGACAUGCUCUUCGCUGUGGCCAUCGUGCCCUUCACAAGUGAUGAACUUGUCUGCAUUUUCCGUGCUCUCAGUUCUGCGCAGUCACCACACUUUUCAGCAGCUCUUCAGUUGUCCUCAAAAGCACACUGUGAAAUGGCGUUCACAAAGUUAUAUCCACAAGGUUGAGAAAGAGCUGGAAGGUAGAGGCUGUCGAAUAAGAACCAAUUCCCAAGUACAUUCAGUUUCAACAAAUGAAAAUGGUUGUAUUGUAACCUGUAAGGAUGGAAUGGAACGAGCUUAUGAUUGUUGCGUAAUUGCAACGCGUGCUCCUGAUGCGGUGAAACUAUUAGGGGAGCAGGCAACAUACGACCAAUUGCGAAUACUUGGUGCAUUUCCUUAUGCCUACAGCGACAUCUUCCUCCAUCACGACACUAAUUUAAUGCCAAAGAACCCAUCGCUAUGGAGCUCAACAAAUUUUCUGACUAGUGCUGAUAACAAAGCUUACAUUACCUACUGGCUCAACAACAUCCAAAAUAUAGGUGAGACAAAGCCCCCAUUGUUGUUGACGGUAAGUCCACCUCAGACUCACAGGCCUAUAGGCAUUGUGUUUGAGGGGUCGACCAGCCGUCCAAUACCUUCCGUUGCUGCAUCAAAAGCCUCAUCUGAGCUCAUCAAUCUCAUACAAGGAAAGAGGGGACUCUGGUUCUGUGGAUCAUAUCAAGCCUAUGGCCUCCCGGAAGACAGCAUAAAGGCUGGUAUGCUUGUUGCAAAUACAUUGCUUCAAAAAAGUUUCUCUGUUGCCAACACCUUAAAACAUUUAGUCCCAUCCUGGCCCGAAACUCUGGCGCGCCUUCAAGUUACAAGGUUUUUCGAACGAUUCAUUGCUUCAGGUUUCCUAAUUUUAAUGGAAGAUGGCGGAGCAACUUUUGCCUUCAAAGGUUGUAGAAAAAAGAGCAAUUUAAAAGUGGUUCUGAGAGUACACAACCCCCAGUUUUACUGGAAGGUUGCAACAGAAGCAGAUUUAGGCUUUGCAGAUGCUUACAUCAAUGGCGAUAGUUCAUUCCUGGAUAAGAAUGAAGGUCUUCUCAACUGUUUCCUGAUGUUUUCGAUCAACACAGAUUUAUACACGCAAACCUCAAAACUGGAAAGGAAAAGGGGAUGGUGGACACCAAUGCUUUACACUUCCCUUGCUGCUUCAGCCAAAUACUUCUUCAAGCAUGUGGUGAGGUAUAACACAGUGUCUGGCGCUCGUAAGAACAUCUCACAGCAUUAUGACCUUAGCAACCAACUAUUUUCACUAUUUCUUGACGAGACUAUGACCUAUUCGUGUGCUAUAUUUGAGAAUCCGCAUGAAGACUUAAAGGCUGCACAGCUUAGAAAAGUUCAUCUUUUGAUCAAAAAGGCAAGAAUCAGCAAAGAGCAGCAUGUACUAGAGAUUGGGUGCGGCUGGGGAAGCUUGGCAUUCGAAGCAGUCAAGCUUACCGGAUGCAAAUACACUGGCAUUACUUUGUCCCAAAAACAAUUUGAGUAUGCACAGCAGAAAGUGAAGGAAGCUGGUCUGGAGGAUAAGAUUGAAAUUAUUCUGUGCGACUACCGUGAAUUACCUAAGGGCCCUAAGUAUGACAGAAUAAUAUCAUGUGGGAUGAUAGAGUCCGUGGGGCAUCAAUACAUGGACACAUUUUUCAGGUGCUGCGAAUCUGCAUUAGCCCCAAAUGGAAUUAUUGUUCUUCAGUUCAUAUCAAUGGCAGAAGCAAAGUACAACGAGUACAGGCACAGCCCUGGCUUCAUCAAAGAAUAUAUAUUCCCGGGUGGAUGUAUUCCUUCACUCAACCGAGUAAUCUCCGCCAUGGCCACCGGAUCAACACUCAGUGUGGUACACCUAGAAGAGAUAGGAUGUCAUUAUUUUCCCACUCUCCGGCGCUGGAGGGAAAAGUUCCUUCAAAAUCAAAGUCAAGUAAUGGCCCUUGGAUUCGAUGAGAAGUUUGUAAGGACAUGGGAAUAUUAUCUCGACUACUGUGCUGCCGGAUUCAAACUUUGUAUGAUCGGAGAUUACCAGAUUGUGCUGACACGACCGGGAGAUGUUACCAUCUUUGACAGCGGUCCAUACAACCCAGUGCCUAUGCCAGAGGCUCGUUGACCAACCUUAUAGAAUGAUAUUUUUUUAUUAAUUUUCGAAUGGUUAUGACUUAUUUUUAUAGCAGUUAAUGUGGAAUAUACAAUAAGAAACUACUAUUGCCC